UAUGCGUUACGAAGUUGGUUGCAUUUGUUUUUUAUUCGCGUUCUAUUUUUGUGUGUGACGGUCCUGUCGGGUUUAAAGGAUAUUAUUUUGCAAAAAAAUUGAUGAUAUUCGUGUAGAUCGACAGUCAUCUGAAAAUUUCCUCCCGAUUGCGAAACUAACUAAAAUGCAGAACGGAGAAGAAACACCGGCAGCCGCAGAAACAGCGCCGACACUGCCGGAGGAAAUCACAAAGCAGUCGUUCCGGCUCAAGAUAUGGCGUCACUUGGAGACCAACGGCCUGGCGAUGUUCCCUCGGCCCGUGUACAACCGUAUACCCAAUUUCAAAGGCGCCGCCGAGGCAGCUGCGAAGCUUGCCGAGUUGGACGUUUUCAAAAACGCGAACAUUAUCAAGGUCAACCCUGAUAAACCCCAGGAGCCUGUCAGGGUUAUUUGCUUAGAAAAACACAAGACCUUGUAUGUCCCGGUGCCGCGUUUGCAGAAUGGUUUCCUCAACCGCUUGGUGUUGCCCGAAGGAGAGACCAGGCCGGCGGCGAUCAGAAAGGCAGUCUCUCGGAAUGGAAUGGAGACUUUUGGACAGCCAUUGAGUAUCGAAGAUUCCGUCUCUUUAGAUCUCGUAGUGAUGGGGUCGGUCGCUGUAUCGAAGGAGGGUUAUCGUAUCGGUAAAGGCAAAGGUUAUGGCGACUUGGAGUUUGGUCUCAUGAUGCACAUGAAAGCAAUCAAGCCGAACACCCUGGUUGCGACUACCGUACAUGACUGUCAGGUAUUCGAUACUCUACCAGCUGAACUUUUCGGGCCUCACGAUGUCCCCGUAGAUCUUAUCAUCACACCAACUCAGGUGAUCGAAACUCAGCGCAUGAGCCAGAGGCCAGUAGGCAUCCUGUGGCAUCUCCUAUCGAACCGCCGCAUACAACUCAUGCCCGUGCUCGGACAGCUGAGGGACAUCGAAAUGCUCGCGGGUCGCGCGUGCACGCUGAAGGAGGAGGACACGGACGUGGAGGAGCGCGCGGGCGCCGCGCGGAGGCGCACGCGGCGCCGCACGCGCUCGCACAAGAGCCACAGCGAGGGAGAGGGCAAUACCACAGAGGGCGAAGAAGGCAAAUUAUUCAAACCCCGUCGUUCCCAACGUCGUCGCAACAGCAACAAGUCCAUCAGCAAAGACGGAAAGGAAGGAAAGGAGGGUAAAGAUGACAAACCGAGGCGUCCGAGACGUCCGAAGCCUGUGAUCGACUUCUCUGUCAAGAUAUCGAAUAUCAGUCCCAACACUCGGGUGCGCGAUUUGAAGCAGGCCUUGUCCGAACGUGGCGUUAAACCACAGGUCAUGAUCUGGAAGGGUUUCCGAGGUUUCUGCUAUUUACAUUUCUUCAAGCCAGGACCACAAAAGGGCGAGGGCGACAGCGUCCCGGCGGCGAACAUGGAGAGCGUGCUGGCGGCCCUGGCGCAGAUGUCCGUCGGCGGGUCCGGCGGCGCGCCCGACGAGCCGCGCGACGACAAGCCGCGCCUGCUGUGCGUGGAGCCCGCGCCGCCGCGCCACGCGCCCGCGCCGCCCGCCGCGCCCGCCGCGCCCGCCGCGCCCGAGGUACAUUAACUCCUGCGAGCCGAAGCGAUCGACGCGGAGUCCCAGCAUUAUAAUGAUUUCUAAACACGCAUACGAACGUUGCUCGCUUUAUUUGCACAUCGGACGGGGCUCCUGUCGCAUUCCGAUACUGAUUGUUUUAGCUUUAAGGGUGAUUUUUGUUUGUGUCGUGCCGCUUUGCGACGUUUGUGUAGCUAUAAGCGAAGUCGGAUGAAUGGGUAUGUAAUGUAGGACCAUUUCUAACCAAGUUAUAAAGAAACGAUGCUUUUUAUGAAAAUAAUAAUAUAUAUAUUAUAUAUUUAUGUAUAAAUAUUGAGUAUCUCAAGAUUUGUCGAGCAUCUACUAAAAUAUAUAGUUAUAUACAUAAACAAUUAAUCAGAGUGCUUCAUUGUGACAUGGUUUUAAAUUACAUACAUAUUUCCGUUAGGUUUUCUUGAAGUUUCUAUUGAUUAUAAUUGUUAUUAAAGAUGAUUUUUUAGUGUUGUAUCGAAAUCCUUCAUCAAACCUCAACGUUCAUACGCUUCGAUGUUUUUUGUUUUUCUCAUUCGCGUGGCACGACACAUUGGUUAGAGAGAGUGAGCUAUAUUUACAAAGAAUACGAAAAUAUAUCUUUAUGAAUGUUUUAGUUGUUUCUCUAGUCUUAAUGUUAGAUAAUAUAUAAAUAUGUUUACGACUCUUCGUUUUCAAUGCAAAUACUUUAAGCAUUCUUCCAUAAUUGUAAAAGAUGCUAUAUUUUAGUAUAGAGUAGAUUCAUUGAAGAUUUUAUUAAAAAAAAUAUUAAGGUGCUUUCGUAAACGGGACUCCGAACGAGUUUUAUUAAAUUAGUUUAAAAAGGAUUUGAUUAGUUUUAAGAAUAUUUAUUUUGAAAGUUUUCAUACGUUCGGACUCCCGUUUUAGUCUUGUAUAUUUGUGCCAACUUGUAAACGCGAUAUUUUUAAUAGAGUUUAAAGUAUAUAUAUUUCUCUUACAUUUUAGUGAUGUGAUUUGAUGUAACUUACAUAUCGAUGUGAAAGGUUGGUAUAAAUAUUUUUUAACUAAACUUUACUUUUUUCAGUAUUAGGUAACGAGUUAUUUAUGACUCAGAGUUAAUAUAUACGUCAUAAUAAUAUAUUUAAAUUAUUUACGCGAAAAUGAACUUCGCAAGUCCUAUGGUCUCUUAGAUUGAAAAAAAAAAACAUAUUUUGUAUAGGAAUUUGGGAUUUGUAUUGAUGUAUUUUUCGAAAAUUUUCGUUACUGUCUGACAGAGUAGUUUGUAGCUUCGUAUACGAAAAACAAAAUGCAUUUUUCUCAUUUAGAAGUAGACUGUCAAUUUGGUGUUUUCCUUUGUUUUCAUCGUAGAAUAUUUUAAAUGCAAAUAAACAUAUUUACAUAUCUCUGCUGAUUUAUUAAAAACGUUUUCUAUUUAAAUAUUUAAAAAUAUGUUAUAUCUUUUAAAAGGCGCAUUGAAAACGCGACAAAACGCACACAUUGCUUUAUUAAGUUUUCAAAUUAUGUCGUCACUAAGCAUAAUAUCUAUGGCUUACUUGUUAACACUGCUGUGUAACUUUUUUUUUGUAAUUCUAUAACGUUGAGUAGCGGGCAUGAUUUUUUUUUGUUUUGUAUUUUUUUUUUAAUAAAUUUAUUUAACACUU